AUGCACGGAGCUGCAGCGGGUGCCGCGCAGCCCUCCGCCGCUACCGCCGCUUCCGCCUCCGUGUCCGCGUUAUCAGCGGGGGGACUGGCCGCCGCGGAAUCCGCUGGCGGUGCGAACGUCGCGAUUGGAGCAUCAGCAGCGGGCGUCGCGGUAGCAGCGUCGGCGGCGCACGGCGGCGCGACGGUGACGGCCGGCGGCGCAGGCGGGGCGGCGGCGGGAUCCGGCGACAGCGCGGCGGUCGCCGCGUUUCUGGCGGGGCUGAUGCCGAAAGAGGAGAUUGGCGCGCAGCGGUUCCUGCAGUCGCACCCUCAUGCUGAUGGACGAGGGGUGAUCGUCGCUAUAUUCGACUCGGGGGUGGAUGCGGGGGCGUCGGGCCUGCAGGUGACGACCGAUGGCAAGCCCAAGGUCAUCGAUGUUGUCGACUGCACGGGGAGUGGGGACGUGGACAUGAGCACAGUGGUCAAGGCAGACAAAGAUGGCUACAUCACAGGAGCAUCAGGUGCAAGGCUCCAGGUGAACAGUGCGUGGAGCAACCCAUCAGGGGAGUGGCGUGUGGGCGUGAAGCCUCUCUAUCAAGUGCUAAAUGAAACCGUGCUGGACCGAGUCAAGAAGGAGCGUCGCAAGAAAUGGGACGCGAGGCAGCAGGCGUUGGUCACACAGGCUCUUCGCCUGCUGGCGGAGUUUGAAUCGAAGCCAUCCAAGGCCAAGGACGAAGCGGGCAAGAAGGAGAAGGAGGAGCUUCAGGCGCGAUUGGAUCUGCUGCAAUCCAUGCAGGACUCAUACGAGGACAUGGGGCCGCUGAUAGAUGCCGUGGUGUGGCAUGAUGGCACCACGUGGCGUGUAGCUCUCGAUACCACUGACCUCUAUGUUGACAUCGCUCAUGCUGCUCAUGCUGCUCCUGCUGUUGCUGGUACUGCUGCUGCUGCUGGUGCUGCUGCUGGUGCUGCUGCUGCUGGUGCAUCUGGGGCGUCUGGGGAGGAAGAAGGGGAGGCUAAGCCUGCUGUUGUGCCUGGGCGCUUGGCUGAUUUCACCCCUAUGACCAACUACAGGUUGGAGCGGCAGCAUGCAAUAUUCAGCCCGAUGGACGCCUGUGGGUUUGCGGUGAACAUAUAUGACGAGGGCGCUGUUCUCUCUAUAGUCACGGAAGCCAGCGCUCACGGCACCCACGUGGCAGGGAUCGUGGCUGCUUGCCACCCUGAGGCACCAGAGCUGAAUGGCAUUGCGCCGGGUGCGCAGCUGGUGUCGUGCAAGGUGGGCGACACGCGCCUGGGGUCCAUGGAAACGCCUCAGGGGCUCAUCCGCGCACUCAUCGUCGCUCAGCAGAACAAGUGCGAUGUGAUCAACAUGAGCUAUGGCGAGCCGGUGGCUGUGCCCAACUAUGGCCGCUUCAUUGACAUCGCCAACCAGAUAGUGAACAAGUACGGCAUCACGUUUGUGAGCAGCGCUGGCAACGACGGGCCGGCGCUGUCAACAGUGACAGCACCGGGAGGCACGACCUCGUCCAUCAUAGGCAUCGGCGCGUUUGUGUCCCCGUCCCUUGCUGCCUCCUCUCACCUCACUCUCGACGCCCUGCCUGACGGCCAGCAGUACACCUGGUCGAGCAGAGGCCCGACUCCGGACGGGCACGAGGGCGUGAGUGUGAGUGCACCAGGGGGAGCCAUGGCACCAGUGCCCACGGCCCACCUGCAGUCGCGCAUGCUCAUGGCCGGCACCUCCAUGGCGUCUCCCAAUGCCGCGGGGGGCGUGGCUCUCCUUGUUUCUGCUCUCAAGCAAGACAUGGGAGUGGCGAAGCCGGGACCGCAUGCCAUACGGCGUGCACUGGAGGUGACAGCAGAGGAUCUGGCGGGAGAGGACCAAGCCCUGGCGCUCACCCAUGGCAGGGGGCUUGUUCAGAUCGACAGGGCAUUCGAGUACCUGUGUCAUCACCCAGCAUCGUCCCUCGAGCUCACUUCAGACAUCCGCUAUUCAGUGCUCGUCAAAGCAGCCUCAGGAGCAGGGGGUUCUCGUCGCGGCAUUUACAUCAGGGAACCAGGGGAGGCCGCUGCUCCUUCAGAGUGGCAAGUAUUUGUGGAUCCGUGGUUCCACGAGGAUGCAGACAACCUAACAGUGAAGGCACUCUUUGAGCGCACGCUCAAACUUGUGCCCACCGCUGACUGGGUCAAGGCACCCGACCUGCUGCUUCUCCCCAACAACGGCCGCAACUUCUAUGUGCGGGUGGAUCCCUCCUCGCUCCCUCCCGGCCUGCACUACGCAGAGCUGCGUGCCAUAGACACCGCCAACGAGUGGCAGGGGGCGCUGUUCCGCAUACCCAUCACGGUUGUCAAGCCCCUCGUGCUGCCCAACCCUGCUCUCCCUCACCGCUUCCCUUUCGGCAUGCUGCAACCAGGAGAUGUGCAUCGCACGUUCAUCACGGUCCCACACGGGUCGGCCUGGGCUGAAAUCCACCUGCACCUCUCCGCGUUCACCGUGCCUCUCACCGUCGUCAUUCACACGCUGCAGCUCCUCCCAGCCCGCCGUCCCACGUAUCGCCGCACGCGGGCCUUCUACCAGUUCUCAGCGCCCUCCUCCAAGACGCUCUCGAUCCUCGUGGAAGGGGGAAGCACGCUGGAGGUCGCAGUGGGGCUCAACUGGUUCUGUGGCCGCGGUUCUGAGCCUCCCCCGCAGGCUGACCUAGAGGUGGACUUCCACGGGCUGAUGCCAGUGCAUGGCGAUGUGACCAUGAAUGGGGGCUCCAACGUGCAACGCAUCGACAUCGCAUCUGCUCCCUUCCGCAUGGAGCGAUUCACCCCCACUGUCUCCCUCAACAGAGUGCGGUCGGCGUAUCGCCCAUCAGAGGCGAAAGUGGAGCCCCUCUCGUCCACCAGAGACAUGCUGCCGGAUGGCCGGCAGAUCCAGGCGCUCAACAUCACCUACAAGUUCUCGAUAUCGGAAUCAGGGCGCUACACCCCUCGCCUACCACUCCUGAACCAGCGGCUGUACGACAGCGAGAUAGAAGGGCAGUUCUUCCAGCUCUUCGACUCGCACCGCCGCGUGCUCGCCUGCGAGGACGCCUACCCCAAGCCCGUGAAGCUGGGCAAGGGCGAGUUCACGGUGAAGCUGCAGAUUCGGGGCGACAAGGUGGGGCGGCUGGAGAAGCUCAAGACCAUGCCGCUGCUGCUGGACAGGGCACUGGAGGAUAAGUCGGCGUUGAAGCUAGGCGUGUACAACUCAGCGGACAGUGCCAUCUUUGCUGGCAGCGACACAGUCAAGAACGCCCUCAUGGCUCCCAAUGAGAAGCGAGCCUUUUUCAUUUCAGGCCCUGGCGACCUCCCAAAGGACGCGACACCUGGCACGCUGCUACUGGGCCGCAUGACGCUUGCCAAGACCGGGGGCCUGUUUGUCAACACGGAGUCAAACGCUGCUGCACCGUGCCGCGUGCAUGUCACCUACGUGGUGCCGCCUCCCAACAAGGGUGACGAUAAGAAGUCCUCCUCUUCCUCCGGUUCAGCUCCUCCCACUAAAACGGCCACCGAGAGAAUGCAAGAGGAGGUGCAGGUGAAGGUGAAGGUGCUGGCAGCAGUGGCAGCGGAGGAGGACCCAAUUCCGCAAUGUGACAAUCCCAAACUCCUGAACACCCCUGACAAUCCCCAACCCUGGCAGCUGCGCGAUGCCAAGGUGAAGGUGCUGGCAGCAGUGGCAGCGGAGGAGCGGGACAAGGCGAAGGGCGAGGGCGAGUUUGUGGCGCUGGCACAGCAACUCAAGGCACGCUCGCACCACCUGAGGCGCCUCCUUGCCAUCCUCCUCCACCUCCUUCCGGUCCCCCUUAGACCAUCUUUCUCGCUCUCACUAUCUCUCU